AUGGCUACCUCAUCCCUUGCAACCUACACUGCGGUCGACAACACCUCCCCCCGCUGUACCUCAUCGUGGCAGGCCCAGACUCUAGUGAGGCCGUUGUAUGUUUCCACCUGGAGGGAGCCUCCUCGCGCCUACGACAGCUUCAAAAGGCUGCCUAGGCAAGACCAUCUGUACGUCGACCCGGCUGGCAAGUGCUUGUUCGACAAGAAGUAUGUAUACUAUGGCCAACGGGUCAACAAAACAGCAGCCGCCAAGUCUCUUAAGAAGAAGAAGGCGCAGAAGAAGGUUGAGAAGAGGUGCGAGGAACAGACAGAGCGGCAGGGCACCCUAAGCGCUGUCCAAUUCCAAGACAAGGCUCCAGUAGAUGGACUGGUGAUCAAACACGCUGAGCAGGAGGCGCAGCCUGCAGAGAAAAUUCGCAAUCCCCCCUAUGGUGAAUGGAGUCUCACGGUCUGGGGGUGUGUCGUCACACCUCCUGGACGCUCCAUCGCCAGACCAGACACCGAAGAACCCCAGAUUGGCUCAGUUUCGAGCUUUGAGGAUGGGUUUCACACACGCCCCUCUAUCAGGCUGCCUGUCCCAGAUCACAUCAAGGGGAUCUUGGUUGACGACUGGAGAACGUGA